AUGGACGCGGGUAAUGUUGACGAGAGUCAGGGAACGUCGGCGAACGUUUCUGUACAGCCACAGGGUAUCGAUCAUCUGGCGCCACUGCUUACCUUGCAGAAAAAUUGGGCAAAGGGAGAGCGUCAAGCGUUCCUCGCCUCGCAUCUUGAUACCUACAGAGAUGCGUGUCUUGUGUCUCAUGCCUCGUCCACCCAAGCUCUCGACAAAAUCAUCAAUGCUUACUUCGUGAAAUUUCACUGGUCUCUUCCUCACACAUCGCUUCCAGGAGAGCUACCGACGGUCCGCUUUGAUGGUGAUGGGUUCGAGAUCCUCUCGGCUGAGGAAGCCACUCACAAAGGCAAAGUUAUUGGGGCUAUGAAAAAGACGAUUUAUAAGUGGUAUAAUCAUCGAAACAAAGUCGCUCUCACCUUGCCUCGAUCCAAUGAUGACGAAAAGGAGAAAUGGUCGGAAGUCGUUCGCUCGGAAUGGGAGGAAGCGAAGCAAAUCCUCAAGGACAGGGAUUCGGCGCCGAGGUUGCUCGAACCAGCCGACGCUCAAACAGUUCUCAACGCACUCCCAAGUAUUUUGGGUCCGUUGAUAGAAGGGGUGGGCAAGGCGGUUGGAAUGCACAUUACGGUGCUCAUUGGGGGGCCGGAGCCCAAAAUGCAGGGACAGCUGAAUGCCUUCAGCCGUCGUGUAUCUAGCAUGCACUACGGGGUUGACAAGCAGGCCGUUCCGAAGGUCUGGGGCCACGCGGAUAAGGCCGGCUUCAAACUCGUAACAAAUGCGUUCACUUCAUUUCUUGAGACUUGCUAUUCGCCAGAGGAGCAACGGGCACGUGCUAUCCCAAAAGAUUCCCAAGAUGACCAACCAACAGCGUUGUCAUCCAUUUCCUCUCAAACACGCUCCACUUCUGUUCAACCCACCAGCGGAUCGAAGGCCUCGGAGUCGGAGUUAAGCACACACGUUGGCGGGAAGCGCAAGCGAAACGUCAAAGCAAAAGAUGGGAAGAAGGCCAGUAAGGACGAGGAUGAGGGCGAUGACGAGAAUGGCGGGGACGAGGAGGAGGAAGAGAACGAAGAUCAGGCGAAUGAAGGUCCUGACAACAGUGAGGAACCGUUGGCCACGAGACACAGCAACAGGUUGAAGACCCGCAAUACGAUCACCAUCACAUCCGAAGAACAUUCAACAUUGACAGAUGUGUCAAUGGUAGCCGCUCCUGGAGCAGCUCGAGAACAAGCUGGGCCUCAUCCCCCCAUCGCGCCUCAUCGCGCACCACCUGUGUCACGUUCGCCCCUUGUACCUCCUAGCACGCCAUCGUCUGGCCUAACAAGGGCUGCCCUUGGUCAUGGCUCUACCUCACCAUCCCAACCCACUCAAUCAACGACGCCUAUGCCAGUGCCAGCACUCAUCUGCCAACCAUCUGCUCAUCCUUCGCCACCGCCCCUCGUCGCACUACAGCCACUUCCCAAACCCCCACUUCCUAUUGAUUCGAGUUGGCCUGCCUGGUUUAAGAAAGCAUAUACAGGCUUAUCGUUAACCUACCUCAGUGCAGAACUAGCAAGCACCAUUCGGAUCUAUGUGGACUUCGAAAAAAUAGCCAACUUCGCAGUUGGAUCACCGAACGCCGGAUUCAAAGUCGACAACCGACCGCCGGAGGUGGCAUAUUGGGUUGGUCGUGGCCGCAAGUCAGCGCCACCAAUCAAGAGCAUCCCAUUGUUUGAAGUGGGUUGGUGGAACUGGUGGAAGGGCCUCCAGCUGAAUUGGCGGUCCGUCGCUGAGGUGGAAGGUCCACUGACGGCCACACACCAUGAAGUGGCCAAUGGUGAGGGUGGGUGGGCAAGCAUCGAUAAGCAUGGCCAGAACGAGUUUUUGACCGUUCUAUCCUGCUUGGUGUGGUGGGGCGCAGCUUUGAAUGGCCGCCAAGGAGAGAGUGCGGGUUGGACGGCUGCGGUGGCCGAUGUUCACUGGGUUCUCGUCAAUCUCGUCUCUACUACCAGCCUCCCGAAACCUCAGGGCGCUGAGCGCGCCUCGCCAUCAGCAGCCACAACACCAACCACAAAGCAGCGACGCAAAUAG